AAACUCGUCCACAUCAAUAUGAUGCACGAGGCGCAGGAAGUGCUGAGCUUCUGGUUCGACGGCGACCAAACGGAGACGUACCGCAGCAAGUGGUUUCCCUCCGAUGGAUCAGAUAGGCAGAAGGCCACUGACGUCGAAGUUGCAGCGCGAUUUGGCCCGUUAUUGGCGCGUGCAGAGGCUGGAGAGCUCGAGAACUGGUGUGACGAGAGCCCCGACACUUGUGUGGCGCUGAUAUUGGUGUUAGAUCAAUUCUCUCGUCAUGUGUAUAGAGAUCUCAGUAUUACAGCCAAUGCAGAGCAGCGAAAGCGCAAUGACGUUCACGCCCUGACAAUUGUAGAGCAGAGUUUGCUCCCUAACCGUUGGCACGAGACACUUGCUGUACCGCGCUUCGUAUUCGCAUUGAUGCCACUACGUCACUCACCGACACCCGAACGACUCAAUAACGUACUGGCAGCUAUUGAAGCACGGCGCCAAUUACAGGAACAGCAUGGAGAUUUAUUAGAGAAGUUCCGACGUACCACCACCGGAAGACUUCAACAUCUGCGAGGGAGUUCUGAGACCGAUACGACGGAUAUUUCUGACGAUGAUAUCCUGGAACGCGCCUUUAUGGAGACAGAUGAAAGUGACAUGCCCAGGAAUCGCCUGUAUCGUGUGAUGGACGAGUAUUUAACGCAGAUGAAAGCUGCUGAGUACUCUCAUAUGGCUGUAUCAUUGUCAGGCGGAGUCGACUCGAUGGUGGUGGCGUAUUUGAUGCACAAGUUGAAGGAGAAACACGGAGGCUUUACGAUUGUAGCAGUGCAUCUGGACUAUGGAAACCGACCCGAGAGUGGAGCCGAGUGCGACUAUGUACAACGCUGGUGUGAGCGGUUUGGAAUCGUUUUCCAUGUCCGUAGAAUCGACGAGGUGAAGCGCGCUACGACGCGACGUGACGACUACGAGAAGAUUUCGAGAGAGAUACGAUACUCUACGUAUGCAGAGGUCAUGGAGAAGUAUAAUAUCCCCGGUAUGUGCUUCGGCCACCACCGGGGCGACGUGCAGGAGAACGUCGUCUCGAAUAUGAUGAAGGGUCUGAGUCUGCUCAACCUCAACGGAAUGCAGGCCAGCAGCAUCGUGAACGGGGUGCGUAUCUGGCGUCCGCUAUUAGACUUCGAUAAGGACGUCAUCUUCGAGUUCGCACAUCGGUACGGCGUACCAUAUUUCAAGGAUACGACACCGAAGUGGAGCACACGAGGCAAGUUACGUAACCAUUUGGUACCGCUGCUCAGGGACUUGUAUGGAGACGGAUUUCUAAACAAUCUCUCUGCUCUUGGUGCUGAAUCUACGCAAUGUGCUGAGCUCGUGGACUCACGAGUUCUUUCUCCUAUCAUGAAGUCUGUCGGACAGAGCGAAGUGGCUGUGUGGGUGGACUGUGGCCUACUCAAAGACCAGCCGUUCUUUGUAUGGAAAGAGGUAUUCCGUCAGGUAUGCCACUCCAUCAUGGGCAACAGUAUGGUACGCGAGAAGCCACUGCACGAGUUGAUCCAGAAACUGGAACGGCUACACGCUGGACCUGUGGGUAAGGCCAAGCACAAGAACAAGGAUGCCGAGGUGGGGUCAUGGGCUACGCUCAAAAAGGGUAACCGGUCAUUUUUGACCAAGGACAAGCAGCUUAUCAUCUUCCGCGACCAGUUCUUCCCUCGUAAACCAUACGUCGGGUCUCAGUUCCCUAUAAUUGCUGGUGAGACGUACGAAUUUGGUCCUUGGAAGGUGCAAACGGAGCUGUUGGAUGGCGACCAUGCUACAGUUCAAGAGCUUCGAGACUGCAAGCCAUUGACUGUGUGGGAUCUCGUCCAUGACAAUGGACUGUCCUACGUGUUCCCCAAUGCUCCGCAGUUGGUGAUCGACUGCGACUCACGCUUCCACGUACUGCGCGCCAUCGAAAAAGUCAUCACGGACAAUAUGCCCAUCGUGUCUUCCAUCGGUGCUUUUGAUGAAGCCACUUCAGAAUGGGUACAUGUCCAGUUGACGUACUCUCAACAGACCUGUCACUAAAGUGAGAACAUGAUUUUCUACCAAUCAAAACUAGCGUACCAUUAUUAUGGUACACGUCCUUUUGACUGGCCCAACUCCA